AUGAGAAAGAAGAAUGGAUCUUUUGUGACAGAAUUUGUUCUUACUGGUCUCUCCUCCAACCCAAACCUUCAGCUCCCUCUCUUUCUUCUCUGCUUGUUAGUCUACAUGGUAACCUUUCUGGGUAAUCUUAUUAUUAUUGUAUUAAUAAGAAUGACUCCAGGAUUGCAAACACCAAUGUACUUCUUCCUUAUGAAUUUAUCCCUUGUAGAUGUCCUUUAUUCAUCAACUAUAACACCCAACAUUAUGGCCAACCUCUUAUCAGCAAAGAAGACAAUCUCCAUUACUGGUUGUGCAAUUCAAAUGUUCUUCUUCAUUGACCUGGCGAGCUCUGAAGCAAUGUUACUUGCAGUGAUGGCCUAUGAUCGAUAUGUAGCUAUAUGUAAACCUCUGUACUAUGCAGUCCUUGUUAACAAAGUGACAUGCAUUCGACUUAUUUGCUCAGUAUACAUUGCAGGAUGUCUUAACUCAUUAAUUCACACAAGUGCUGCAUUUAGUCUACCGUUCUGUCGGUCUAAUCAGAUCAACCAUUUUUUCUGUGAUUUUAACCCUAUAUUGAAACUUUCUUGUAGCGAUACAUAUCUUAAUGAGAUGCUUGAAUAUAUUGUUGCUGGUUCUAUUGAAGUAGGUUCUUUCUUCUGUAUAGUAAUAUCAUACACAUACAUUAUCCUUGCCUUGUUUAAGAUAGGGUCUUCAAGAAGUAGGAUUAAGUCUUUAUCUACUUGUGUCUCUCACUUUACAUGCGUAGCCUUAUUCUACUGUCCAGUUUUCUUCAUGUACUUACGACCAAAUUCUGCCUAUGCCGGGGAUCAGGAAUGGAUAGUGUCAGUGUUCUAUACAGUGAUAAUACCCAUGUUAAAUCCCAUAAUCUACAGCUUAAGAAAUCAAGAUGUAAAAAAAGCUCUGCGUAAAGCAGUUAAUGAUUUUUUUCAUGCACCAGACCACUACAUGUGUUGUUUCAAGCCAUUCAGUAGGGAUAACUGCAGCAUAAACUAUGUAAUUCCCCUGAAAUUUAUCUCGGAGCGGACACUCACACAAGGAAUGGAGGAAGAAAAACAGCUUAUGCAUUUUUCUGUCCGCCCUUUAAUUGUUGGGGAUCCACAAGGAGAAAGUCCCAUUGAGAAGGAGAAUGGAGAUAAGAUGCUGCUACAGAAGAAGGAAGAGGAGUCAUGGGGGGGUAACAAGGGGAUGAUAAUGAUCACAACGCCGGCCGUGAUGGCCAAUCGUCUUAGUGGUGGGAUAGCCCAGAAAGAACUGUAA